AUGUAUCUCUUCUUGAUUAUUGCAGUUCUGCUGAUCCAGAAACCCACAGUAACAGAACAACUUAAGAAAUGCUGGGGACACUAUGUACAGGGAAACUGCAGAAAAAUCUGCAAAGUAACUGAAAUACAUGAGGUACUAUGUGAAAAUGGGAGAUACUGUUGCCUCAAUAUCAAGAAAUUGGAAGAAUGGAAAAAAAUUACAAAGCCACCUCCUCCAAAGCAAGCACCAUUUGCAUUAACUCUUCCUCAAGAUGAAGAAAAAAUGGAAACUUCCUCAACCCCCAAGACAUAUCACACAUAA